AACCUAUUUCUUUAUACAUAUUUACCACCUACACUUAUGGUUUUUAAAAACCCAGCCGACUAUUUGAAUCCAUUUAAAAUAAUCCUGUAAAUAUAGCUGACAAAGGGUUUUGUUAUUUUUUUAAGUACCUGUCAGUGGAGGGAUUAGAAAAAAAACGGAAUAAUUUAUUUAUCGGAGCGGGUUUAUUCGAAAUUAUUUUCGGCCCUUUGAGUAUACAUACUCAGCGCCAACCGUAUAUGCCUUCUAGAAUGGUAAUAAACAAAUCUGUACGUUCUUAGUAGAAGACAAUUACUUAGAAAUUUUAUUACAAUUCCUGACAGAUUUGCGUGGGAGGCCCAAAAAUGGGUAGCAUGGAUAAAGCUGUGAUCACUGGGUUCAUUUGUAGACUUUGCAGUAAAAUGAAUCGUUUUGUAAUCCAUAUUUACGGUGAGGAAGGCGAGAGAAUGAAAUUGGCUGAAAAAAUAAAUGCUUAUCUUCCAAUCACUGUUAAAGUCAAUGAUCCGCUGCCUAAAACAGCUUGUCUUCACUGCAUCGAACGGCUGGAAGCUCACCACGAGCUAAUGGAAAAAAUAUUGUUCGCUAGAAAACGACUAGGAAUAGAGCCAGACGUUAAUCAAGCACCGUCAUCCCAAUCAUCAUCUCUGUCAUCUCAAUCGCUGGCAGUAACGUCAACAGAAUCACCGGCAGCACCUCCACCGCCCUCGACACAGCAAGCGCAAUUAAAUUCACCUCCGUGUUGACGAUUGUCGUAAUUUAAUACUAAAAGUAAUCAAAUAAUCGCUCAAUAUCACGUCAACAAAACUUAACUCACAAAUUUAUAUUUUAUUUUGUUUAUUGUUUUAUUUUUUAUCGUUAACAAUCGAAUGUCAUUUGAACAUAUAGACACUUACACUUUACUGAUUUUUUUUUUUUCUAAUCACUGAUUUUUUGUUGUACUUUAAAAUGUCCGCGAAAGUGCCAAGAAAUAGCCAAUUUAGAUAUUAUUAUUAUUAUUAUUAUUAUAAUUACUAUCGAUGAGACGUUUAUUCCACAUCAUUAUUGACAUAAUAUAUUAAUUAAUUCAAGUCUUUAUUUAUUAUAAUAUAUUUAUAUAUAAUUUUUUUUUUGUUAGAUUAUGAAGGAUUUGUGCAACGCAUUUUAUCUUUCAUAAAUUAAUUUAUUUUAUUUUUCUUAACGUUGAAUAAUUAAUUAUUAUUAUUUAUAUUUUUUGAAUUAUUAUUUUUAUUUUUGAAAUUAAUUAUUGGCUUAUUUAUAAAAGGUACUUGGACUUAUUUGACAAUUCUAUGAAUGAUAACCAAUUGAAUUAAUCACCGAUGAUAAAAUUAAUUUAACUCAGUAAUGAAAACAAAUCUAUUCGUAAUGAAUCAUUCUUUUUAGAUAAAUUAUUUAGGAAAAUCUUUGGUCCCUGAUUGAAAAUUCCGAUUGAAUCUUAUUGAGAAUAAUAGUAGGAAAUUUAUUAUUUCCCGAUUGAUUGCAGAAGAUUUACUUCAAUGGAAAAUAAUCAGGAUCUUUUAUUUCAAAUUGGAGUGUGACCACACAGAAAAAAAGGAUUUCUUGGCACAAGGAAUAUUUUGUAAUAUGAAUUAAAGACGAAUUUUCUUAAGACUAGAAAAAAAUUUUUGGUGCAAGAAAAAAAUAAUUUGUGUGUUCAAUUUAUAGUGUAAAAAAAUUCUUGGGGCAAGUAAAAAUUUUUGUGAUACUGAAGUUAGCCGACCUUUAAUAAUUGUUUGGAUUUUUUUCAAAACGAUAAAUUAUUUUAAAAAAUAUUUAACAAAAUUGCACUUUUAGUUUUUUUAAUUUUCUACAUGUGCAUAUUUUUAGUUUUUUUUUCUUUUGUAUUUGAUUUAUUGGAAAAAAAAUUCAAAAAUUGUUAAUUAUCUGUUAACUUCAGGAUCAUAAGUUUCUUAUGCCAAGAAAUCUUUUUUUCCUGUGCAGGGAUAGCUGAUAAAUUAAUGAAUUGUCUUUGAUAUAUCUUCCCUAUACGAUGGGAUUUGUAUUUUUUCAAACGAGCAUACGAUAUUUUGUUUGUUUGAUGUUAGAUUAUCGUAGUUAGAUUAAAUUAAUAAAAUAUUUAAAUAAAAUGAUAAAAAUAAAAGAAAAAAAUGAAAUUUUAAUCAUGUCAAUUCAUUUUAUAAAUUUUUUUUUGUUUAGUUUAUCGAAUAUAAUUUAGCUGAAAUAAUUGUAUAAUUAUGGUACUGAAUGCUGCAAUUUAUUUGUUUAUAAAUUAAUUGUGUUCAAUAACAGAGUCAUCAUUU